CCCACUCUCGUGCGCGCACGCUUUCACCCUGUCUUCUCACUCCACUCCAGUUUGACAACGAGCAACGCGCAUGGGAACACAGCAGAGGAAACGAUUCGUCCUGCUCCUUCUCCAUUGCGCAGCGGCUGCAGCCAAAUGCGUCGCACCCCAUCACUUCCCUGCUCCUCGUCUGCUUGUGCUUGAUGGUUCCUCCUGAUGGGGCAACACCAGGUCCCUGUCUUGUAGUCGGGGCUUUAGAGAACUGCGCCGAUGUGAGAUCCAACACAAGGGGACAUGUCUGGCGCUCAGGGACUUCUCAACAGCGUCUUCUCCUGCUCCUCUCCUGCCUCCAAAGCCAUGACCAAACGGAGGCUACGCCAGACCCGCAGCCUCGACCCCGCGAUUAUAAGACACUGUGACACCGGCACCGAGGGCGCGAGCGGAGCACCGUUCUCCGGCGCGCCGCCUGAGGACGCAGGUGCGUCUCCGGUGAAACCGACUUUACGCACGAGGAUUCCGUCGCUGAAGGAGCCGAUAACCCCGUCCCUCUCUUCCCCUUCCAUCCCCCUGGACGUCUCCCCGUCGUCCAACUUCCACUUCGACUAUGACACGGUGAAGCGGGCCAAAAGGAAUACCGCCGGGGAUUUACCGUAUCUGGUGAGGGGACCCUGUGCCGCGCCGUCCGGGAGCACGGGCGCGCUGUUCUCCCCGCGGAGGUGGCUCCAGAGGAAGGUGCAGCCGACCAGCUCUCACGCUUACAUGGUGUGGAAAUCAGAGGGUGAUUUCACCUGGAGCAGCCUGUCGGGGCGGAGCGUGCGCUUGAUGCCGGUUUCCAUCCAGAGCCUGUCGGAGCUGGAGAGGACCAGGCUGCAGGAAGUGGCGUACACCCGUCUGCACCAGGACUACGACCUGGGAUGUCAGAUCACCAUGCCAAAAGAUGGACAGAAGAGGAAAAAGUCUCUGAGGAGGAAGUUGGACUCGCUAGCGAAGGAGAAGAGUAAGGACAAAGAGAGCAUACCCCAGGCCUUCAGCAUACCGCUCUCUCAGGUCAUCGCCAAUGACAGAACGCACAGGCAGCGUCAGGAUGGUUAUCGCCAGGACCCUCCACAGCGCGAGGAGCACAAGGACUCCUCCGACCUUGUCUCGUCCAUUUUACAGUUUGCCACCAAGCGGCCAUCCAAUAGGGAGUUAUCCAGCAGUAACUCCUCCCUGAGCUCUACAUCAGAGACAGCCAAUGAGUCCACGUCACCCAACACCCCCGAAGUUGCACCGCGAGCACGCAGGAGGGGAGCCAUGUCAGUGGACUCCAUCACCGACCUGGACGACAACCAGUCUCGCCUGCUCGAAGCGCUGCAGCUCUCUCUGCCGGCAGAAAUGCAGAGUAAGAAGGAGAAGCACCGGGACAAGAGGCUGAGCCUUAAUCCCAUCUACCGCCAGGUGCCCCGGGUGGUCGACAGCUGCUGUCAGCACAUUGAGAAAUAUGGUUUGCAGACGGUGGGGAUCUUUAGAGUGGGCAGCUCCAAGAAAAGAGUUCGACAGCUGCGGGAGGAGUUUGACCGUGGUAUCGACGUCCAGCUGGAUGAGGAGCACAGCGUUCACGAUGUGGCCGCUCUGCUGAAGGAGUUCCUCAGGGACAUGCCCGACCCUCUCCUCACCAAGGAGCUCUACACGGCCUUUAUCAACACCACGUUGUUGGACCCAGAUGAGCAGCAGCAUGUCGCUCAGCUACUGGUCUACCUGCUCCCAGCAUGCAACAGUGACACGUUCCAUCGCCUGAUGGACUUUCUGUCGACUGUGGCGGCUCACGCCCACGACCGGCAGGACAAAGAUAGUCAGGAGGUCACAGGCAACAAGAUGACGUCUCUGAACCUGGCCACCAUCUUUGGCCCCAACCUGCUCCACAAGCAGAAGAGCUCGGACAAGGAGUUCAGCGUCCAGAGCUCGGCCCGAGCGGAGGAGAGCACGGCCGUCAUCGCCGUGCUGCAGAGGAUGAUCGCCAGCUACCACACCCUCUUCAUGGUGCCUCCAGAUCUGCAAAACGAGGUACUGAUGAGCCUAUUGGAGACAGAUCCAGACGUGGUGGACUACCUUUUGAGAAGAAAAGCGUCACAGAGCCCCGAUCUGCUGCCGUCGGAGGAGCCCUUCGCCCUGAGCGAGCGCCGCUCCUCCAGCGACUCCAACAAGGCGUACAGCGGGGAGGUGUCCCCUUACGACAACAACUCCCCGGUCCUGAGCGAGCGGAGGGGAGAACCGGGGAGCCCCGGCAGCGACAAGCACUUCCGUGUCCCGGAGCAGUACACUGUGGUGGGGCAGGUGGCUGGAUGGAGCAAGGAGCCGGGAGCACAUGACCCCUGGGCCACCAAAGACACUAUAUCGGAGGAGCAUGUUAACAUUUGGGGGACGUGGCACAGCACUCUGAAGCCAACACUCAAGGACCAGACGUUCACAGGUUCCCACGGCAACAUGUCCGAGGGAAGCUCCCGCAGCUCCCAGGAAGGUCUCGACGGACUCCAUGGCGAUGGCCGGCAUCAGGCCUCGGUACAGCGGACGCUGAUGGCGCCCGGCGUCACGGAGUGCCGACCCCACCCCCCGGUCACCAGGGUGUGUAGCAGCCCUCACAACGAGACGGGGCGACCGCGCCUGCAGCUCAGCAUCAGCCCCCCGGCGCCGUCGCACCUCAACAGCACGCCGGGCCUCCAGCGGGCGGGUGGACACAGAAUCAACCCCACUGGUUCCCAGAGCUCGCCUCUGCUCGCAGCCGCUCGGCGCCCCCCCCUUCUGCACGGGAGGUCGAUCGCGGCGCCGAGCAGCGCGGCGUCGCCGGCCGAGGCCCAGAUGGUGCCACAGAGCCCGGAGUGGCAGGACUGGCAGAGGGACCGCUGGCAGAUCUGGCAACUGCUGUCCUCAGACAAUGCCGACACACUGCCCGAAACGCUCGUGUGAUCGCAGGCCGUGGGGUCGCCAGCCGGUGGCCUCAUCCCACCCCCUCACUUCAUCCCUCCACACAUGGGUUCCGUCCUUCCCACGAACCGUCUUGUGCUUCUCCUGCAUCUUGGCGCCACGGCGUUGUUGUUUACGUGUGCAGCUGCUGCCUUAUACAGACUUGUACAUCCGAGAGCCACUUGUAUUUCCUGCCUCGUGUGGAUGUUGAAAUGUCGCCCCUGUUGCCCACGUGUCUCUUUCGUCCCUAAUGACUAACGACAUGGGAGCGUUGUAACGUGCCCAUCAGAAAUACCUCAACGAAAAAACAACUUCUUCUUCACACCCCUUUCAGAAUGUCCCGUCCGUCCACAACUGCUUCUCUGACAACGUUCAGUCUUCAUAUCUCGAUUCAGAACAAUAGGAGGGGCUUUCUGAUUUCAUGAUUUUCACAAUAAGAUCAAAGACGUUUUCUGAUUUCAUGAUUUUCACAAUAAGAUCAAAGACGUAUGGACGAUUGCUGCUAAAUGUAGACGUUUGUAGUUCAGCCACAUCAGUGUCUAAAGAGAUCAAAUGUUGAUUGACGUUUUCCCGUGUCGCAGAUUGUUCGUGUAUAUCCAAACUGCCGACGGACACUUGUACGACAGCUGUGUAAAUUGUCAUGUAAAGUAUAUAAUUUGUAAAUCUACCUUGAAGUAAGUGGGCCCUUUAACAGUCAGUCUAAAUGUCGGUGUUUUACUCAGACUGCUGUUUCUGUCUUUAAUUAACACUGAAUGUAAAAAAUGCUUCACUCGUGUCAAACCGCCUAGGACCUAAUUAUAAAAGCACUCGGCUGUAAGUUUGCUUAUGUGCUUCUGCCACCUGCUGCCCGGGAGGAACAAUGCACACACUCAUUUCAAGAUGCUCAAACACGACACAACAGUAAUAUGUGACUGACACUGACUGAUCCGUCUUGUUAUACCUCUAAUGUUCGACUGAAUAUUUCAACUGGGUGUGGACGUGUCACCAGAAUAACAUCCUUAAAAAUCGUAAAAAUAUCUUAUCCGGCUGGUUAUAACAAAAUAUCCAAAUCCAGCCCCAUCAAUCGGUCUAAAUCCUCUCAGAGGUCACAGUUCAGUGGGUAUUUGCUGGCGAAUAUUUCACAUGUUUUCAAGCUUUAAUGUCAUACUUGCUUCACGUGAAGCAACUUCAGCCUUCAACCUGGAGACGCUGUAUUUAAUUUCACCUUCUCUUGUGUUUUUUUCCCGCAUUCGUUCUCUCCAUCUCAAGGAGACAGUGGAAGAAAGGAGUCACACCAAGUGGAAAGAUUAUUGUGGAAGGGGGUGGUGGCGCCAUCUGUUGUCCUGCCACUUGAGACAGCGUGCGUCCCACAGCUCAGCGUUUCCCCCGGCGUCCGUCCGCACUCGAUUUAGAGUCAAAGCUUGUGAUUAUAAGCACCUUUGUGAAAAUGUAAAAAAAAAAAUCUGCUUGAGGGAAAUAAAUGUGCCAUAAGUCUCCCUCUUACGCGUUUCCCUCGUGCAUCCCUCCAGGUUCCUUUUGUGAAUUUGUAUUACCUUGUUUCUGUUGAGUGUUGUUAUAAAUAAAUACAAUAUAACGCUUUUAUAUCAAGAAGGAAAAAGAAAUAAAAAAGAACCAAUAAUCCUUAAGGUCCUAUCUCUGUCUUUCCCCAAAACCAGACCAUGUCUGACACCAAACUUAGUGUUAUGAUGUUUUUUCUUUUUGAUAUUUUUGGUGGGGUUUACUGGGUCCAAGUUGUAAUGGAAUAUCUGGUAAUUGCUUUUGUACUGUGUGUCCUCAUCAAUAUGCUACUAUGGAAUUAAAUAUGGUAAAGUUUA